UUUUUGCUCUUGGUGUUGUCCGUUUGAAUGUUCAAGUUUGCGUGCGCCUCAUGCCCAUGCCUGUUUAUCAACCGGCGAAAUACCCGUAUAUCCCUUGAUUUCACCGAAUUUCUUUUCAUUUAUCUCGAGUAAGAUCCAGCUAUCGUUCAAUUGACACCAAGAAACCUUUUUAAGCCUUAGCUGCAGCUGGACAAAUGGGUCCUCCCGAGAAAAAGUCGAAAAAACAUAAAAAAGAGAAGCAGAAUGCCAAGAGUGAACUAAAUCUCAAACCAAAUGUUACGGAAGAAGAAAAACAUCCACCGAAGAGUCCGAAAAAACGGAAGCAUGCAUCUCCUGCGAGAGAAAGUCCUCUACCCGAAAGCCCCUCAAAGAAGAAGAAACACGUCUCAGAUUUCUUCACAGCCUCUCCAAAACAAAAAGUAGCCCUGGACGCUUCUACGGCCUCCCCGAAGAAGAAGAUCAAAUUUGAUGAAAGCAUUACAGUUGGAUCUGAAAACUCAGCCGCUGAAAGCAAGCAGAAGCCGUUGCAGAAUUGUAAUAAUAAAGGAGCAGAGACCUCAGAUACAUCUGCAGAACCAAGGAAGAAUGACAUAUUUGGUUGGCCACAGAAAGAUGUCAAGAAGCUUAUCGAACGACUCAUCCUAGAGACCAGCAAUAAUAUCAAGUCUACUAAAUCAACAAAUGCACCUCAGAAAAUAAAUUGGGACAAGGUCAAAUUUGACAAGUAUAGCGCUGAUGAAUGUCUUAACAUGUGGCUCCAUGUUGAUAGCAAUCAAAGAAAGUUCAGGACAUUAGCUGAAAUUCUGGAAGACGCUGCAAAGUGGGUAGAGAAACCCCACUACAGUAUGAAUAAUUUCAGGAGGAUCUUUCCAGACAUGCCAAAGCAACCAAUGUCAGCCUUUUUCAUUUUUUCUCAAGAAAAAAAAGAUGACCUGCGGCAAAAAUAUCCAGAUUUAUCUUUUAAAGACUUCAGUAAAGUAGUCGCUGAAGAGUACAAGAACUUGAAAGAAAAAAAGAAAAAGAAGUACGAGAAAAAAGCAGCAAAGUUGAAGGAGGCGUACAAAGAAAAUCUAUUAAAGUUUUAUGAAGAGCAUCCAGAAGCAAAACCAGAAGAGCCACAGAAAAAACCCACCCAGCCAAAAGCUGUAAAAGUAGCCGGGCCUGAAGGGGAAAAACCAAGGAAACCAAUCACACUUUACCUGGCAGAAAAAUUGGUGAAUUCAUCACUAGAUCCCAAUCUGGAAAAGACUGAGUUAACAGAUAAAUACAAAGAAAAGUGGAAAAAACUCUCAGACAAGAAGAAACUUAAAUAUAUUGUUGCAGCAUACGAAGCUGAAGUGAAGUACAGGAAAGCAGUGAAAGACUAUAAUGCUGAACAUGAGAACAGUAUUCCUCUACCAAAGAAUUCUGUUAUUUCGAAGGAGGAGUUCACAAUAUUAGACAAAUCGCGAGGCAAACCUGUGAAACCUCCAACAAGCGCCUAUGCUCUGUUCUUCUCGCAGAAAAUGUCAAGUCCGGAAAUGGCAGGAAAAUCCAACUCUGAGAAGUUGCAGAAAAUAGCAGGCAUAUGGAAAGACAUGGGAAGUGUCCUGCAGCACAGAUACAAAACUGAAGUAAAAGAGUUGCAGAAAAAUUUUGAAAAAGAUUUUGAAGCUUUUCUAGAGAGGUUGUCCCCAGAAGAAAAAGAUUAUGAGAUGGAAAGGUACAAACCUGCUGGCAAAAGGGCCUCGCCAAAGAAAAGCCCCAAUAAGAAGGCCAUCCAAAUGACAUUAGACAACAUUGUGGUUUCGAGUAAACCGACUGUCCCAAAACCGCAAUUAAUCAUGGGAGAACCAGAGCCUCCUCCAGGGAAUGAGUUGGAAUUUUUCUCCCUGCAGCAACGAAAAGAAAAUCCCCAGAUUUCUCAGAAAGAAAUCAUAGGAAGUUACAAGAAAUUGUCGGAUGUUGAUAGGGCCGCACUUAAAGCAGCGUAUGAAAAGUGCAGAAAACAGUAUAUGGAUGACUAUGAAAAGUUUUUGAAUAGUUUCGAACCGCAGCAGCUAUUGUUGUACACACGCCAGAAAGUGAACCCGGAUCUCUCCACAAAGAAAAGUGAUGAUGAAGAUGAAGAAGAAGAGGAAGUGGAAGAAGAGAUCGCAUCACUUGCCAAAACCAAUAAUGAGGAUUCUGACGAAAGUAGCGAUGAAAAGGAGGAAGAACCCAAGAAAUCAGCGGGGCAAGUUCUAAGUCCUGCAAAGAAAAAUAAUAAAGCGACAAAAGAGUCUAGUUCUGAUGAAAGCAGUGAUGAUGAAAGUCAAAGCACAAAGCAGGUAUCAACGCAGCUGAUAAAAAAAUUGUCCGACUCAGGUACAUCAGAUUCAGAAUCAAGUUCAGAUUCUGACGAUAGUUAAUUGUUCAAGGGAUAUUACAUUUUAUGUUUGACGACUAGUAUACAAAUGCUCUCUGAAGAUGAUGAUCAAGCCAGAUCUUGAUGACGGUCUUGUUCAGAAACAUCUUUUAUGUGUUCAACCAUGAAAAUUGACUCCUUUGGCUGAAGCUAGUGCUAGAAGUUUUUAAGUGUAAAAAUACUAGAAUUUUCUGAAAGACUCUGAAGGUCCUAGUUUUAUGACGUCAGAUUCAAGCAAUGUGCAAAACAUGUUUUUUGAGAAAUAGGAGGAGGUUUAUGAAUUCGCUGGAUAAAUUGAGAAUUUUGGUAAAAAGUUAAAUUCGCUGGAUAAAUUGAGAAUUUUGGUAGAAAGCCUCCUAGUGGCUCUUUUUAAAUGUUAUGUAGUCUGUUUCUUGAUGCAAAGUUGGUAAUAUGUGGGUUGAGAUAAAUCCAGCAGAUGUGAGAAUCUGUGAGUGCACUACCUGUGUUUCCAGUAGAAAAUUGCCUGUUCUGUCACCAUAGUUUGGUAGAAAACAGUUCACCCAUGUGCAAUCUAACAUUUCACCUGUCUACUCUAAAAGGUAUUUGCUUUUAAAAACCAUGAAUGAAAAUCAUAAACUAAAAUGAAAACUUCACUCUUUUUUUUUUCAUUUUAAAAUUUGAUAGAACUUCAUUUUUCAUGUAGAACUUGUAUUAAAAAAAAGAUGUAUGAAGGUUUAAUAAUCUUGUGAAUGUCAUCCUUAAUUUUUAAACUACAUUCCUCCUGAAGUCGAAUGAUGUAUGAACCUCAGGAAUUCUCACAGAAAUGAAAAAUUUGAUAGUGAUCAAAAUAUUUGUAAAAUUUAUUUUUUUAAGGAUCUCAUUAUAAUUUUUAUUUUUGGUCUUUUAUGUCUAAAGGCUUUAGUAGGUAUAUGCCUUGAAGACUAACCAUGUACGCUUUUUUUUUUCUUUUUUUUUUUGGUUGAUAUUUCUUAAAUUGAUUUCUGGUUCAGACGUAGCUGUUCAAGGAAAUGAAAGUUUUUUAAUGUGAUAUAAAAAUAAAAUCAACACUCUCCCUUUUCUUUAUCAAAUUACUUAUUUAAUCGAAUUUAAAAUCAUAAUGCGAGCCAGGAGCAGAAAAAUCAAGCCAUAUUUAAAAUCAAUUGAGCCUGUGAUUCAGGAGAAGUAAUAUUUCCUGAAGUGUGAUACAUGGUUCCUUACCUCUAAUUUGUAAGCUUUUCUUAUUUGAUUGCUCCAGUUUCUCUUAUUAUAUGGCAAUGAAACAUUAGACAAGAGGCGAAUUUAAGAAUUAUGUUUAAUGUUAUCCACUCAAAAUUUCACGUCGAAACCGAUUUGUUAAAAGAAACUUUUUGGAGGUAAUGCCAAACCUAGAUAUUUACAUUCUUUGAUGCACAAAUGAAACUUUCCAUUCUUUAAAAAACCAUGAUCUAUUUGAGUUAAAUUGCACUCUGAACAUCACUGUAACUCUGUGUGGUAUGCGAAUCGAGUAACUUCAAUCCUAGAGCGUCAGCUCAGCUAUCGCACGUUGUCUGCAUUGUGAAUAACUCUGAGAGGGGAAAGAGCACUGUUCAAUUGAGGAGCCUGCCAAAACCGGUGUAGUGCAAGAUUUACGCAGGCUUUGAAUUAUCUUGCGAGUAGAAACUGAAGAUAUUUUGUAAUCAGUUCUAUUUGAAAACAUUAAAUAUCAGGGUUCGAAAUCUGUCAUUUCUAGUAAUUCACGAUACGCAAAUUUGUUUUACAUAAAAUUUUGAAGAGGAAACUUUCAUCAGAAUGCUUAAAUUCGGAUCUAUUCCAGUGGUCCAUUUCUCAUUAACAGCACCAAUGGAAAAGUCGUAAAUGUUAUCGCUCGCCCUUAUAUGAGCAACAGAUCUAGGAGUGAACAAUCUUCUCAAGAGCCCAGGAAGUCCCCACAAAGGACACAUAUUUUUGCUAUAAUCUUUGUCGUGUUACUUGUUGUAUGUUUCAUUUAAGUUUCUGUUUUCAGAAAGAAAUUUUAUUCUGCUCUAAGUACCUAGUUUAAAUACUUAGCAUAGUCAAGUAGGUCUAUAAGAACCAUCCCGGCCAUUUAUUUUGUGCUCAGGUCUCAUUUACCACUGUAAAUAUUGACCAAUCUUAUUUUUAUACGACACCCAAUAAAUGUUCUUGGAUUUGUGAUUUUUCAA